UGUAGGAAUAGUGUGGCUGCUGCUAAACAUGGCAAUUAUUAGUGAAAAAUGAAACUGCCAGCCCAAUAGAAGCUGCAUUACGCUGCUGCUGAAUCACUGUGAACGAAUAUUCGCGAUGACAGUGUUACCGAACAGAAGGAACGCCUUGUAUUAGCAGCAUCCCGCCGUGUUUUGUGUUGUUCGCCUUGGUUAGGACAAGAUCCCGUUCCGUGGUAAAGUCGAUUGGGAUGUUGCCGAUAUCUAUCUUGCAUUCAGUGGACGAAAGUGUGUCAUUUCGUUGUGUGAGCUGCUACAAUCCCGUUUGAUAGAUUCGUGUGUUAAAUGAUUUGUUUUCUCCGUGGAUCGUGUGUCUGUGAACAUUUCUGUGAACAUUUAUGUUGGUUUUCCAUCCAGUACAUCUAGUUAAACGUGCCUUGGAGGUUAAUCAAUGCACGGCAAUGACAAGUGCACGAACCGUUACUAUGUGAUGGAAUCCGUGUAGCUGCUGAAGUUGCUCCCGCUAAGCCAGCACUUGCAAAGACAAUGUCAUCGGCCGGUGCCACCAAAAACAAACCGAAAAAGAGCAUCAAUCUGCGCAUACGGUGGAUACCGGGGCGCAAGAAACACAACUGGAAGGGUUCGUACACCCCGACGAAGAAUGGGCUACCCCAGACGUACGGGAUGCAGCCGCGCAAGAACGAAUCAUGGACGCUGGGCGGUUCGAUGAAUCACAGUAAAAUCAUAAACGCUAACUUUUAUUUUAGAGAUCUCCACGAGAACAACAUAGACGUGGCGAGCAUCGUGACGACAGCAGCCACCGGUAGUGCGAUGGCUGCAAUGGUGACUACAAAUGGGCCCACCGAUCAACUGUCGCUGGAACCGUGUCCCUCGACCAGUUCCGGAAAAGGGCAACAUUCUCCACAGCCACAGAUAGUGAUAGGCACUAUAGAGCUCAACAAUUUAAAUGGAGAUGUUGCUAGCAACAAGCAAGAGAAGGAAAUCGGUACGAGCAACCAAUUCGAAGCACUUACGCUGAUCGACGAGGAUGAUGAGGAUAAGGACCGGAACUGCUCGAAUGCUCCUUCGUCCUCAUCACUGCUCUCAUCCAAUAACGAUAACCGUUCGACGGAAGAAAACAACCUGCACAAUGCGAACACAUUGUCUAUCAGUGAGCAGCAUCGAAGUCGGAACAGGCGCCGCAGCAGCCAAAAAGAUCGCCGCAGUGCCGAGGACAUCGAUUCGAUCGAUCAGGCUGAUAGUGCAGUUGAUGUAACGCACGAGGAGGAACCGAACGUGUUUGAUGAUGAGGACGAAGUUGGGCAAAAGCAGCACACUGCUUCCGGAGCAAAUAACAUAAGGGCAAUGCACCGGCGCAAAAACAGCCGACAGCGAUCUCGACAAAGACGAUCUCCGGUUCUGUUACAUCGGGACAUGGUGGAUGGUGAAGAGGAGCGGAAAGAACCGUACGACAAGGCGGUCACAUGUUUGUACUGGUCGCUUGCCUGUUGGGAUUGUAAUAUCUCGUAAACCUCAUGUCCAAGCAUGCCGUUUUUGGCAAAGAGUGUGCAUUGAACUUUAUAGCUACGUAGUAAUUAAGGUAAUAACUCGUCACUGUUGUCACCCAUACCAACACGUAAUUUAAACGAAUCGAAACUUUACACAAACUCGCUCAAACAGCUAAACUGUCGCCCGAAAGUUGAGAUAGUGAAUGUGGAAACAAAAUUAACUUAAAGCAGCCUGUAAAUUUACGUAACGCGGAGACUUGUGUGUGAUGGUUGUUUUUGAUCGUCAAGCUCGAACAAGCAAUACAAAAAUCUCAGUAUUUUCGCAUCUUACAUAUGAUAGCAGGUUUACACAUAUUUUCGGACGUAAUUUACACAAAAUUAAGCGUAUGCGUAGGGCUAAGCAUAGUGAAGUAAUGGAGAAACUAAUUUAUACGAAUUUGUAGCGGAAAGAAAGGAGGAAAGUACUUGAAAUCAUUUAGAUCAGACUCUUGUAUGCGUAUUGUGUAGAUACUCUUGUCUCUUGAGAGGUGGUCAAUGAUUACGAUGGGUAAAUACUAUUUAUCAAGGCAGCCAAUAAAUCUAGACCCUAGUUUUUGUAUAGAAGCAAACA